UUCUAUUUUUAUCUUUCUCAAAUACGAACUCGUUUGGUUAAAAAAAUUAUAUAUUUUCAACAAAUAUUGCAGCUUGAUAAAACUAUUAUCCAAAUUAGGGCACUGUAAUUUCCCUUUUUUACCCAAAAGUUUUGCGACUGAAACCCCCGUUCGAAGCUUUUCUCCACUCACUCGGCGGCGCCACCGUUUCGCCGCCCUCUCCUUCAAUCCAGUAAUCAGACAGAUAACUGAAACCCUAGACUUUUACACCGAACAAAAAUGAGUUUGUCGGCGCUAAUUUCUUUCAGCAAUCCACUCUCGCCUGCCUUCCACCGCUCCCUCGCUCUCAAAUCACCCAAUUACUCCGUCUCGGCGGCGCCGGUGGCGUGCCUCAACGUGGACGUGCGCGCACCGGUUUCCAAGCAAAACCCGUCGAUUCACGAGAAGAGGAGCUCGGAAAUAAUUGCCGACGACAACAAAUAUAUAGUGGGCUCUUACGCGAGGACGCCGGUGGUUUUGUCGAGUGGCAAAGGGUGUAAUUUGUACGAUAUCGAGGGGCGAGAGUAUCUAGACCUGACCUCUGGUAUUGCGGUGAAUGCCCUAGGCCACGGGGACCCCGAUUGGGUGCGCGCCGUCACACAGCAAGCUGAUGUGCUCACGCAUGUCAGCAACAUUUUCUACUCUGUUCCACAGGUUGAGCUAGCCAAACGUCUAGUAUCCGGCUCUUUCGCCGACCGUGUGUUCUUCUGCAAUUCCGGAACCGAGGCAAACGAAGCCGCAAUCAAGUUUUCUAGAAAGUUCCAAAGAUUCUCACACCCUGAUGAGAAAGAUCCUCCCGUGGGGUUUGUUGCCUUCAAGAAUUGCUUUCACGGUAGAACAAUGGGUGCUCUCGCGCUAACGAGCAAAGAGAAUUACAGGUCACCGUUCGAGCCCGUAAUGCCAGGUGUCACUUUCUUGGAAUACGGUAAUACUGAAGCGGCUGUGGAGUUUAUUCGUAGUGGAAAAAUCGCUGCGGUUUUUGUUGAGCCGAUUCAAGGGGAAGGUGGUGUAUAUAGUGCAACCAAGGAGUUUUUGCAGGCACUACGUACUGCAUGUGAUGACAUUGGCUGCCUUCUUGUAUUCGAUGAGGUACAAUGUGGGUUGGGCCGAACCGGCUACCUAUGGGCCCACGAAGCAUACAGAGUAUACCCCGAUAUAAUGACGGUGGCCAAGCCUCUCGCCGGAGGUCUCCCCAUCGGAGCCGUACUAGUCACCGAAAAAGUCGCCUCCUCCAUCAACUUCGGCGACCACGGCAGCACUUUCGCCGGAAACCCGCUCGUCUGCACCGCCGCAAUUGCCGUGCUUGAUAAAAUCGCGAACCCUACUUUCUUGGCCGGAGUGGGCGAAAAGGGUAAUUAUUUCAAAGAUUUAUUAGUCGAAAAAUUGGGGGGAAAUUCCCAUGUGAAGGAAAUACGAGGAUUCGGUCUCAUCAUUGGUGUGGAGCUCGAUGUGCCGGCAUCGCCGCUAGUCGAUGCGUGCCAAAAAGCGGGGCUUCUUAUUUUGACCGCGGGGAAAGGGAAUGUGGUUAGGAUUGUUCCACCGUUGAUUAUAUCCAAGGAGGAGGUGGAGCGAGCGGUUGAGAUCUUGGCCGGUUGUUUUCCGGUUCUUGAUGAUUAGUUAGUUUCUAUUAUGCUAUAAUAUAUAUUUGUGGAGGUUUGAAUUUUUAUUCUCUUUCUAAAUAUUUGGCCUUUUAAUUGGCUAAAAUUAUGUGUGUUUGGAUUUUAUUUUCCAAUGGAACUAAUGAAAGUGUUUGCUUGUUUAUAUGGUAUAAGAAGCAUCCGUUUCUAG